CACUGUUCACUUCAUUAACCAGGCGUUCUUGCCUAGUGUGCAGAUCAUCGCGUGUAUAUUACUCUUAUGAGUCGAAGCCAUGCACACAACGUUCGACUUCGCUGCCCGAGGAUCAGGUUCCUAUACGCAGGCAGGCCUUGAAGGGGCUCGGGGCGAGCUACUUGCCAUGCAUUCAUCGACUUAAGCUGCCUGCUCGCUACUAUGCGCUUGCCUCAGGACACUCCGAGGAUCGUCUCCUCUAGCCGCUUCUUGACGCUUCCCUUUCGCUCGCGAGACUUGGUGGUGUACAGCCAUGAUCAAGCGCUGUCUUGACGCUCUAUACUCUGCCUUAGACCGCGUCUACGUGCUGCGGCAGCUGUCCUACGCGCUGCAUGGCUUCCUCGUCGGCCUCCAUCUCGCCCUGGGCAUCCUUCACCUCCUUCCCCUCGAGCAAUCCGUCACGUUCUCUCUCUCACCGGACGACGACCCCUCUGAUACCUCGCUCGCUGUGGCCAUGACUAUGUCCGGGACCAUCUUCGCAACCCUCUACGGCUCACUUCUCAUCUGGGUCACGCAGAAGCUCGCUCUUCGGCGCCUAUUGACGAGCCGGCAAACGCUGACAGCGAUGCACGAUGAGUACAACUCGUGGAUAGGUAUCGGCUCGGCAAUGCUGGCGCUUGUCGGCCAGUGCAGGAUACGGAGCGCGCUUCCAUGGGUAUCGUGCAUCACUGCGUACCUUGUUUGCAUAACGGCCCUUCAUUCUACGGUUCCUUCGAUGGUCACGGUAAAGGUCGGUGAAGUGGACUUCGAGGACUCUGUCACGACUCGCCUGGCGUACCCGGACGUGCAAGGCAUGCUAUACUCCAGCGCGUCUACCUCGGAGAACGCGCCCAGCCUCUACCAUGCCCUCUUCACUGACGCCUCGAGUCUGCUACCCUACAUCGCGCUCCUCAACGGCGACCAGGAGCCGGGCCUCGCGCGCUCGACCAUAUACGAUAUCACCAUGCCAGAGGCGGGCAUGCGCCAGAGCAACAGCACCACGCUCGUCAACUCGACGACCUUCUCUGUGCGGUGCGGGAAGCUGGAGUCGCUCAGGCUCGAGGGUUAUCAUCCCAAGGACGCCCGGGAAGUACGGCACUACGACCUCUCGCAUGUGUAUCCCAAUGGCACGAAGCAGGAUGGGUUGCGUAUCCUGAACAUGCAGCCCAACAACGCCAUGGCCUUCGCCUGGCUCAACAGCUCGUCGGACGCCGAUGCCCGCCCCGCCUUCAACCGCAGCUUCUACCUCUACGGCACCUUCAACGUCAUGGACUCCGCCGGCGUCUGGCUGCCCAACCUCACCCUCCCCCAGCGCGUCGCUGCCGGCGCGCCCGUCAACAUGUCCGUCGUGGGCUGCAAUUUGUACAGCAGCGACGCGUUCGUGCAUGUGAACACGACGACGCGGCUGGCUGUGCGCGAGGAGGUGGCGAAUAUGAGCACGGGCGCGCAUUGGGAGGCGUAUGAGCCGCGGGGGGCUGUGGAGGCGGGGGAGUUGGGUAUCUUGGAUUUGUGGACGACGGCGAUCUCCAAGCAAUACGAGACGAACUUCAGUCUGGGGAGAUCGGAGACCCACAAGCUUGGGUUCAUGGCGAAGUAUCUUACUUCGCGUCUGGGGCUCAAGCUCCCGAGUUACUCGGGCGCAUACGUUCCCCGUCGACGGGUACAUCUGUACGAACUGGAGAAUGCGCUCAGCGAACUGGUCGCCUCGUAUUUCUGGGCGUUGAACCAAGUGAACACGAACAACCAGUAUGGUAUCGAGCGCACCAGCGUCACAACGACUCUCGUACCCAUGCCUGUUCGAAAAUUUCGCCUCAACCGCCUCUCCAUCUUCAGCGGCCUCCUCAUCUCCCUCGCGCUCCUCUGCAUGAACUACCUCCUCGUCCGCCCGCGCGUCUCGCGCGCCAAGCACGCCGUCGAUAUCCUCGACUCGCUGGGCCUCCUGCAGACCGUGUGGUUCCUGCGCAAUAGGCCGGAUGUGCUGAGUACGGUGGGGAGGGUGGAGAAUCCGGUGGAGGAUGAGUUGAGGGGAGCGGGGAUGUUUGUUAUGGAGCCGGAUAUCAGGGACUCGGUGUGCGUUCGUGAUGUGGGGUGUGCUGGCAGAGGGGAGACGCCGAUUCCACUGAUGUUGCUUCCGGCCGGGACGAAACAAUCGCGAGAAGGAGAUGGGGGAAGGGAAGAGAUGAAGACGGCGAAGCUCGAUGCCAACUGUACGCCGUCCAGCUGGCAGGAGUUUGAUAGUGAUUGUUGAUAUAUCUAAUCGCUGGUCGUUCAUUCCCUUUACACAGCGAGUGUCUCGCGCGUAGCACUGAAAUGUUCCUUUUGGGGUGUAAUAUAACCAUACAGCAAGUAUCAUGGCCAUAUGAGCUUGUCGCCGGC